UUGUCAGUCAGGGGGAGUAAUCCCACGGGCUCGUCAGCAGAGUUGCUAAGUGGUGAGGAGUGGAACCGUAAUCCGGUUGUGCACCAGACACCAUGGUUGACAACCGUAGUGGGAAGAGUAUUGUUCCCCAGUCCGAGGCCGAGCAAGCCCAGAUCGCUGCCAUUUUGAGGGACAGAAAAAAGAAGAAAGAGCUCCUCAAGCAGGCGAAGCUAAAAGCAAUCGCAGAGGAGCAGGGGGCGAAGAAGAAGAAGUUAGAAGAAGAGAUGCUGAGGUUUCAGAAAGAGAAGAUGAUGAUGUUACAGGGAGAGGAAGAAGAGAAGAGAAAGGCUGCCGAGGAAGAAGCAGCAGCAGAAGAGGAGGAGGAAGAAGAAGAACCUCGUGAGAGGAGGCGCAGGGAAGAGAGAGGAGCAGCAAGUGGCACGAAGGGAGAAGACGCCUGGAUGGAGAAAAAGAUCAGUGAGUGGGUGGCUAAUUUAUCGUUGGGGGAGGAUGAGGAGGCACAAUUGUACGUGCCACAAGAAAAGAAGGAAGCAUUCGCCAGGGUAUUAGAGAUGAUAGAGGAUCCCCUGGAAUGUCAGACAAUAGAGGAUGAGAAGAAGUUGGAGUGGAAGCUGCGAAUGAUAAGGGAGAAGAAGAGAAGGAGGGAGGAAGCCAACCGAGUGGCGAAAGAAAUGGAGAAAGUCAGGGCAUGCAGACCAGAGAUACAGGCACAAACAGAGGUCCCCGCAAAAUAAGAUAAGAUUAUAGGGUACUUGGAGGUCCUGAGUGAGGCCUAGCUAGAGGAGCAUCAGGCCAACAAGGGUCAUGAUGCGACCCUGCAUGCCAUGCGAUCUGCUUUUAGAGAGUUUGCUCGCAACGUGGUUACCCACGUCGGGACCAAAGUCAAAAAGUUAAAGGAAGGCGCAGAGAAGUUUUGUGUCGACGCCAUUGAAGGCGCCAAAGUAGUGGCCACAACAGAGGCUGCAGCACGUCCCCGCAAAGAGUCAGUAAAGCUUAAAUUCCCAG